AUUUCCUAUAAAGUGCCUAUUUAUUUCCUUUUAUCAAUGUAAAGCUGCCUUGAACUAAAAAUCAUUAUUGAUCAGUUGAGGAUUUCGGUCUCUCAAAAUUCAUCUUGUUCUAUUUCAACCAUCUCGCCACUCUUCAGCAGCGAUAUCUGAUACCCAACUCCUAUUUUGAGACGAAAAAGAAAAGAAAAAACACACCGCAAUGGCAUUGCCAACCAGUAACCUUGCGUUGCAGGUUGUCGAACCCCAGGAAGGCUGGGCACACACGCACACAGUCAUAUUACUUCACGGCAGAGGCAGCAACGGCCAAGAAUUUUUGAACGAAUUCUUCGAGUGCAAGACUACUGAGCCCGUAGGUCAACCUCGAACACUACGCGACCUUUUCCCCACCAUUCGAUGGGUUUUCCCUUCCGCGCCAACCACUUAUUCGGAAAGAUCAAAUGAUGUUGAAUCACAGUGGUUCGACAUAUGGUCCGUGGGAAGUCCUAACGAUAAGCCCGAGAUUCAAAUAAACGGCUUAAUGGAGAGCAUUGAAUUAGUCUUAGCUCUCGUUCAGCAAGAGGAGGAACUUGUUCCUCGCAGAAGCAUAUUCCUAGGAGGAAUUAGCCAGGGUUUUGCAACUGCAUUCUCAACAUUUCUCUUCGGUGAGAAAGAUUACGCUGGAUUGAUCGGCCUUUGUGGCUGGGCGCCUUCGGCGGCUUUGGCGUUAUUAGGAGGGGAACUGGACGGAGUACCAGAGUCCGAAGAGCGAGACGAAACACCCGUCUUUCUUGGACACUCGAGAAACGAUACCGUUGUCCCUCUCGAGGAAGGCCGAAAGCUAUGCAGUAUACUAUGGAGACGCGCGGAUACUGUGGUAGAUUUUCAUGAGUACCCAGUAGGUGGACACUGGAUCAACGAGCCGACGGGGGUGAAUGACAUCGCUGAGUUCCUCGAAAACAACAUGGAUAUCGAAUAACUACAUUACAGUAACGGAGCAUCGAAUCAUAGCUAGACUAUACAGUUAGAAGCGGCAUGCUUUCAGUAUAAAUAAAUAAAUAGAUAACUUUAUAUGCGCAA